UUUUCUUCCUUCUCUUUCUCUCUUCUCUGUUCCUGCCUUUCUCAGUUUUUUCUUCGUCGAUCUUUUGUUUACGAAAUUCGGGAUCCAGACGUUUUUGACCGUUGUUUCUGUUACUGUUGUAUUGACUUCGAAGACCAUAAAAUUUUGCAGCUGUAAUCGCCGUCCAUUAGAGCCUAAUACAAUAAAUGGGCACGCCUGCUGUUGUUAGUAAUAUACCAGGCUACAUCAUAAGUAAGCUUGAAGGUACCUUUAUUGAGUCACUGCAUAUACAAGAUGCUUUAAAGUUGGAACAAGCAUAUGAGGUGGAUCGUUUUGAUAAUUUUUACCCGGAGGAGGAGAAUUCAAGUGGUGGUUUUGAAACGCAAGAAACCAAAUUAGAGAUUAAGUGCUUGAAAGAUUGUUCAACGUUUUCUUAUCCUGAUAUGUGUCUUCCUUCAAGCUGUUCUGAUGAGGAGACAGAUAAAUCACUCUCUAAGCAAUCUCGUCAAAACUACUGCUCAGCUCCAGCAAAACUUGUAUCUGCCAUGAAGGGUAGCCGUGAAAAAGAAAGGGGAUCUCAAAUUAAAUUGACUGUGAAAUGGGCCCCUGAUGUGUAUGAUCCGGUACCGACAUUGUCAUCACAUACUGUUAAACACAAGAAACAUCAGAAACCCAGGAUGAGGAAGAGUGAAAAGAAAAAUGGAAAGAAGAGCCAGAAGGUAAGUUACUCUAGAAGAAGCAGCAGCAGCAGCAAAGAUAAACAGUAUCGAAACAGGUGGCUGCAUUCUGGUGAAGAAGUGUUUGAAGCUUCCACUGAACUUAAAGUAGUUAAGCAUGAUUCCUACUGUGCAACUAGCUACUUAAAAGCAAUUACAGAGGUUCACUGGCCUAUUGGAGAAGCGCUGUAACUCGAUCGAUCGUAUCAUGUAUCGAGACUGCUGCCUAAAAAGAUAAUUUUCUGUUUUGUUGUAUGAUGAAUAGAUUGACUAAGGCCGUUGGAAGCAGUAUAAUGAACGAUACAUAUCCUUUUUUGUUAACUAAUUAGGCUUUUAGGUAACAUGGCUGGAAGGAUAUUUACACGGCAGGUAUUUACAUGACUAUAGCUUCUGCACACGCCAUUGAGAGUAGAUGUGUUUGCGUAGAUAGCUUUUAUUUUCAGUGGCCACAUGGUUCAUCAUAGCAAUUGCUUUCAUUUACCAAUCAGCAAUUCGGGAUUCCAUUAUGAGCACCAACACAUACCUCAAACAUCA